UAAAUGCCCUUCUCACUCCUAGCCUCUCCCUGGGGCUUUAAGCCCAAGUAGGGGACCUCAGGUGUGUCAUAUUCUUGUCCCAGGCCUCAGAUGAGCCAUGUGGAAAAUGGGGUUGCCAUGGGACCCGGGAGCUGAAGUCACAGCAAGGCACUUGAUAGCAGACGGGCGGCAGCUGGUGUCCUGCGCCCUUCUCGGCAGGGCGACGUCCCCACUGGGUUGCAGGUGGGAGGGCUGAGCGGCUGCUCGGAGGGUGACACUGCCCCCACCUGUGACCUCACCCCCAGGGCGGCUGUGGAACCUGAGGGGUCUGUGAGGUAGCACAUUCCGCUCACAGACCCGUGGCACCCCAUGCGAGGGACACAGAGCAUCGGAGGCCAAGGACAAUCCAGGUGCUGACAGAGAGGCCCGGACGCCACUUGCCCAGCAGUUCCACAAGCUCCGCGACGCCCCGGCCUGGCUCGGGCACCACCCCUGCCGCCAGGCUACCAUGGUCCUCGGCUGGCUGCGCCUGCUACUGCUGGCGACCACGCUGCCGCGGGGCACAGCAGGCAUCAAGGACUGCUUCUUCUGCGAGCUGACUGACUCCACGCGCUGCCCCAGCACCCGCAUGCACUGCGGGGACGAGGAGGACUGCUUCACGGGCCUCGGGGUGGCCCAGGGCGUGGGGCCCGUCAUCAACAAAGGCUGCGUGCGCGCCACCAGCUGCGGCCGCGAGGAGCCCGUGAACUACAUGGGCCUCACCUACAUCCUCACCACCUCCUGCUGCUCAGGCCACCUGUGCAACCGCGGCCCCAGCCCCACAGGCCGCCCAAGGGUGACAGCCGCCACCGGCCUGGCGCUGGGCUCGCUGCUGCUCCGGCACCUGCUGUGAUCCCGGCCUGGGACUGGUCCCCCACACUAGCUACUUCCCCACCCGCCCCUCCCCCCAUUAAAUAGGCAGAGGCCCUGGACAGCCUCUCGUGGCCUCAGCUUCAUCUGUUCUAGGCUGUGUACCUGGAGCUGGGAGCUUGGAGAGGUGCCAUCUGUGGGUCUGACUGUGCUGU